GAUGGAGGGAGACCUGAAUGAAAUGGAGAUUCAGCUGAGCCAUGCCAACAGGCAGGCUGCUGAGGCCCAGAAACAGCUGAGGAACGUCCAGGGACAACUCAAGGAUGCCCAGCUUCACCUGGACGAUGCUCUCAGAGGACAGGAAGACAUGAAGGAGCAGGUUGCUAUGGUGGAGCGCAGAAAUGGUCUGAUGCUGGCUGAGAUCGAGGAGCUGAGAGUUGCUCUGGAGCAGACAGAAAGAGGCCGCAAAGUGGCCGAGCAGGAGCUG